GUUUGAGAUAACAAUCACUGUUGGCUGGAAUUUUGGAUAUUUAGUUGUUAACCAAUCAGAUGUCAACCUUAGUUUGUGUUUAAUAUUGUUUACACUAAUCGACCGCCAAAUCUCAUUGACAAACAUAACUUGUAUUCUCGAAGUUUCUGAUUAAUAAUUGAACUGCUAAUGUAUUGCAAUGUUUCGGAAACCACUUCGAACAUAUGAAAGAAAUCCGAAACCAACAUCUUCAAUCGCGAAUGUUGCAUUUAAUGAUGUGGAAUUGACUUUUAAUCGUAAUCCAAGUGAUAAUCGUAACUCAUUAGAAUCUACUUUUGACAGAAUUCUAAAGACUGCCAAAUUACCACCAUUACCUGUUCAACCACUUGACAAUACAGAAUAUACCAGUAGUUCCUCUGAUUUUUCUGACAAUGAACCUUUGGAAUUGAUUCCAAUAGAAAAUCCCAGAUUUUUUCAAGCCAAGGGUAAUCGCAUUAAACAGCCGAAAACAGUAUUACGAAAAAAUAAUAAUAAAAAGAAACUGCCUAAAAAUACGAAGACAUUAAAGAAAAAAGAAUCUACUAAAAGGGAUCACAAUAACGAUGAAGGAGCUAAUGAAGGUAUUGAAUUUCCACCUUUGCGGAAAACUCGACGUGAAGAAAAUAAGCCAACAGUUUCUGAAAUUCUAGUUGACAAGUUACCUGAUAAACUGGACAAUUGUGGUACAUCAGUUGUAACGAAAGAUUUAAAAGACUGUUGUGUCAUCUUGACACGAAUGAAUUUACAUGACAAAUAUAUUAAUAAUACUCCACUGUCACGUGCUUUUAGCACUAAUAGUAGUGACAAUGACAACAGCAUUAAAAUUAGCCAUGAUGAAAAAGAAAUCUUAGAUUCUAAGAAAUGCCGAGUAAUAUUAUCUCGGUUUGAUUCGGAAACGGAACAAAAUGAUCUGCAAUAUAAAGAUGCACUACAGCAACCAAAACCAGUAGAAGGUCAAUCCACAAACUUGUUAAAUGUCAAUUCAAACGUUUUCAGUAGUACACCAUUUGAACGACGAAUUAUGUCAAGGAGAUCAAUACCAACAUUAUCACCAAUUAAAAAUAACGUCAAUAUAUCAGUUGGUAAUGAUCAUCCAGCUGCGGUUUUAUUUGACAAAACGAGCGAGAUAAUUUUCUCCGAUGAAAAUAGUCCGGAAAAAAAUAUUUCACAGAAAAGAAAAGUACCUAGGCUAUCAAAAAUAAAAGAGAAAAUUACUGUAAGAUCUAAGGAAAAUAAUGAACCUUCAACAAGCAUGAAAACAAUUAAUAUUGACGAUUCAACACAAAAUACUUUUUCACAUUCUCUCUCUAUGUAUGAAAAAACUCCGAAAAUAGUAUUUGAUGAUUCUGAAGAGAUUAUUCCGGAUACUUAUGCUUCUGUUAAUGUAACUGAUAAAAAAGAAAAUUCUCAUGGUUCCAAUGUUUCAAAUAGUUUAUCACUUAGUAAUGAUGCAGAUGUUGAGACAUCAAAACAUAAUGAAACAUCAGUAAUCAGCAGUGAUGACUUUAAUGGCAGUUCUGAAGUAAAUUCUGAAUUUAAAUCAACACAAUGUCUUGAAGAGAUCUCAGCAGAUUCUGAAGAAGACCCAAAUACAGAUAAGUCUAAAAAUAACUACAGAAAAAUUUCUAUGGAAUCUGAAAUUGAAAUGGAAAAAAAUCAGAAUUUGACAGAAUUACAAAGCUCAAUUAGUUCUACAAAAAAUGAAUCUAGUAAUGAUCCAGUGACUAUGGAUGUUUCAGAAAAUGAUGACGAUUCGCUUCAUUUAGUUCUGUCCAGUACAUCAUCUGAUAAAGAGAGUACUAGAAAUGACUCCACCAAUAUAGAGAAAAAUCAAGACUCAUCAAAUAGUAACGUAAUUAAUGUAAACAAUAGUGAUAUAGAUAAUAAUCUUAAUAUACAAAAAGAAGACUGUAAAAAUCCUGGAGAAUUAGUUGUUCUUCUAACACGUCUAGAUGAUUCAGUAAAAAUUCCUGAAAGUAGAAUAACCCACAGGCACUGGAAACAACCUUUAAACGUAAUUACUGAAAGUUUUGAUAAAUCUAAAAACUCAAAUGUAUCUCAAAAUAUAAGUGCGAGAUUAGAUGAGAAUAAAAUUCUCUUCCUUAAACCAGGAAAGUCAUGGGCAAGAUCUCUUUCCAUUUUAAAUAAUAUUCAUAACACAGAUGAUAUUGAAUUUUUAUCGUUAAGAAAAGGAAAAAAAUGGAGACAAAGUGUUAGAAAUGUACUUAGUAUGCAAUCUCAAGGUUUACUUUCUAGUUGUGUACCAAAUACUGAGAUCAAUAAAACAUUCCAUGAAACAUCUCAAUUAUAUGGGCCAAAGAUUUCGCUAUCAGCCAGCCAUGGUGCAAAUGACUCAGCCAACCGCUUUACUCGUCGCAUGACAAUUCGUGUCGUUCCUAAUAUCAAAAAAAAUCAAGCUAAAGAAAAAGUUAUCCAUGACACAUCAUUUUUAGAAGUUUAUGGUAUAACUGAUAUCUUAACAGAUGAUAUUAAAAAACGAACCAAAAAAUCUAUCUCAAGAGUACCUAGAAAGACUCUCGGAUAUAAUUUGAGGUGUUCAAAUGUGCCUGAAAGAAUUUCACCAGAACCAGUAAUUUCUGCCAAAACUGUUGUUUUUGAUCGAUGUAAUCAAAAAGAUAGCAUUCCUUUUGAUCAAUGUUAUCCUGAAUCGUAUUUGAAAUACUGCCGUAAAAUAGGAGAAGGAGUCUAUGGUGAAGUCUUUUUAUAUGAUCAUCAAAAACAAAAAUCUGUGAUAAAAAUAAUUCCUAUUGAAGGAACUGAACUCGUAAAUGGAGAAACUCAAAAAAAAUUUCAUGAAAUUUUAUCUGAAAUUAUAAUUGCAAAAGAGUUACAUAAUUUGAGGUUUAAUGACACUUAUAGAACAAAUGGAUUUGUCGAAGUAAAAAACAUUAGGUGUAUAAAAGGAAAAUAUCCACAAAAAUUGUUAGAUUUAUGGCAAGUUUAUGAUGAUGAAAAGAAUUCAGAAAACGAUUGUCCAAGUAUGUUUGAAGAAAAUCAACUUUAUAUUGCCUUAGAGCUUGGCGAUGGAGGACAAGAUAUGGAAGCUUUUCUGUUUAAUAAUGCUAAUGAAGCAUACAUUACAUUUUUACAGACUGCUUUAACUCUCGCAGUUGGUGAGAGAUCUUUAGAAUUCGAACAUCGAGACAUGCACUGGGGAAAUAUUUUAAUUUCUCGAACAAAAGAAAAAGAAGUUUCGUAUAAGCUUGACAAUGAAGAAAUAACACUUGCGUGUAAUGGUAUUAAAGUUGCAAUCAUUGAUUUUACAUUAUCCCGAAUGUCAUAUGAAGGAUGCUGUAUAUUUAAUGAUUUAGCAUUGGAUCCUGCUUUAUUUAAUGCAGCUGGGGAAUAUCAGUUUGAAAUAUACCGAUUGAUGAGAGCCAAAAUAGGAAAUGAUUGGCAAUUAUUCGAACCGUAUACAAAUAUUCUCUGGCUCCAUUAUACUCUCGAUAAAAUGAUAAAAGAAGUGCGAUACAAAAAAAAGACAACUAAAAUACACAGAACUGCAAUUCAAAAUCUCCAGGAGUUAAAAGAUAUUAUUCUAGAUUAUAACAGUGCCUUUGAUUUUAUAUCAAACUGUGACAAAUUAUUAAAUCUUCAGCGCAGGUGCUCAAAUAAUUAGUUAAUAUUAUUUUUAUAGAAAUAUUCAUUAUAUUAUAUAACAUUGUAUGAAUUAAUUACUGUUAAUAAUUUUAUUACACUCAACGUCCACAUUAGAUGU